CAGUAUUGUAAUACGCAAUCAAUGAAAUUGCUCGCGUGUAAAAAAUAAUGUGCAGGAAGCGACUUCCGAUGCUCCUGCUGCAUAUCAUGAAAACUCGUUUGCAAGGACCACGUCGGAAAAUGAGAAACACGCUAUUGAGGAUGAGAAGGAGAACAAGAAACAGCUCAGUGAAAAUGAAGAACCGACUAAUAUCGACCGUGAUGAAGUGGGAAAGUUGAGUGUUGCCAACCAGACGUCGGGGUCAAUUGACGGAUAUCAAUAACACGACGGAUGCUGGACCCCAGUUCUCCUGUGCCUCGCAAACGUCGAAUCCGCACCUAGUUGUUGGACUCGCUCGUCAACCAUCAUCAUCAUCAGUAGUAGCAGCAGCACCACCAGCACCAGACUCUGCUGUUGAUGCGCAUUCCAU